CUAUUCGUCCGUUUUUGGCAGAAGCCGGACAGAGGUUCGACCGAGUUCUUAGCAGGACUUUAGCGGGACAACGAGACUUUAGCUGGACAACAUGACUUUUGCGGGACAAGGCUUUUUCGGAACUCAAGAAAACGGGAUAUAAUGUGGAAGAUCGGACUUGGCCGCAACCAUAGAGCAUACCUGUAUUUCUUGAGUGGUAUGAGAGAGGAGGGAGGGGGAGGAAGAAUGUGUAGUGGUGUGAAUGAAAUGAGGACGAUGUCGGUAUUUAUAGAUAUAGGCUAGGGAAAACCUAAAUUGCUUAUGUCCGACGCGAUCAAGGUGCAACGAGAAGAGAGAUAGCGCGUUGACCGUGGCCGUCGAAAGCGAUCAACAAUUGAUCCCGCGACAACUUAGCGAUCCGUGUCAACUCCAUACCAAACUUCCUUUCAUGUUAGUGAUCUGUGUUUCUUUUAACACCAUAUCGCGUGCUCGAACGUGAUGAACGAUGAUCGCUUCCUCCAACCACGAUCCAAUGGCUCAUCGUUCUCCACCUGUGCAAUCCGUCGUGAUCGCGUUCCCUGAAAGAAAUCUUACCUAAAUCACUUCUAUUAAACAUGAUUUAUAUUCUGAUUGCUUUAGUUGACAUCGAUCUAGUAAACAUGUACAUUUCAUAAUUUUUUGUAAAAAUUAGGCAAAAUACACUUGUGUAGCCAAAACUUUGACGGUUUGGCCAAAUAUAGCCACGUUUGGAAAAAUACCAAAAAUAGCCACUUCCGUCCAAUUAUUUGACGCUGUUAAUUAACGUGCUAACUGGACUAACGAUUUUGCUGACUUGGCUACAUUUUGAUAACAUCAUUGUCACUUGGAUUUUAUUGGGGGAAAAAAUGAUACAAAUGAAUUAACAUGUCCUCCCAUCUUCCCCCCUCUCUCUCCAUGAACAAACGAAUAUCUCUAGAAAACAUUGUCUCUCUCUCCCUUCGAUAUUCCCCUACUUUUUCUCCGAUCUUCCCCUCACACCCACCAUUGUCAAUCUUCGAUCUUACACCUCUCUCUUCCUUCUGAUCUUCCCCCAAACUUGCAACGCCGCGACGAUUAGCAUCCACAAACAACGAUUACCGAAUUUGUAAACCCCCAAAUCCAGAUAUGGGCGGCGGCACAAAAAUAGUAGCAACUGCGAGCUGGGCGACGGGGGUUACAUGGGCUUGGUGACGAGUAUGUCAGAAGCGGUACGAAGGGGAUUGUUGGGUGUGGGGUUUUUAAAAAUAGGGGGAGGGAGCAGCAGAGGAGGAAGGGGGAAAAUCGGUGGUGGGCGACGAUUGCGGAGAGAUCGGGCGGCAGAGAUGAAAUGGCUAUCCCUAAUAUGGCAGGCACUGAAUGGGACCAAGUCGGAUGAAGAGCUCUCUCAGCACUAUGUCGCCGCCGUCGAGCACAAGUGCCGAAAUUUGCCUCGCCCGAGGGUCGGUCAAAUGAUGAAACAGAGGCUGAGCUUGUCAGACUUGAUCUCCAUAAAGGACGAACUUGGAAGAGAGGAUUUUCAACGAUUUAAGGCCCCAAAUUCGAACAUGGGAUCUGAAGCCCCGUCUAGUCCGAGAUCGAAUCUAAGUGGCGCUAGCGACGAUGGGGAUAAGAAUCCGGCGAAGCCACGGUACCGUCUAAUGGUUAGCAAGCAGAUGGUGGGGGGUCUUUCUUUUUGUGUGGGUUAGAGCUGAUCUGAAUGAACACAUAAGCAAUUUGAAGGUCUCAUGCGUCGGUCAUGGCAUUUUGGGAUUCCUCUGUCCCUCGCGAGAGGAACAAGAUGGAAGGGGAUUGUGUUUUUGUUUUUUCAUUUUCAUUUUGAUUAAUAUUUUUUUUUUUACUUUUGUAAAUGACGUGGCAUCCACUUGUCACGUAAGUGUUCUGUUAAUUUGACUAUUGGCACUUAUGUAACGAAAAUGACUAUAUUUGUCAUUAAACUUUCAAAAUUUUGGCUAUUAUUGGUAUUUCUCCAAAAGUGGCUAUUGUUGUCACAAACAUCAAAGUUUUGACUACAAAGAUGAAUUUUGCCUAAAAUUUAUUAUAUUUUGAGAAUUUUUUUAGGGUUAAUACCCUAGUUUGGCCCGAAGUUUAGUGUAAGUGACAGUUUUAGCCUCACUUUUCAAAUAAGACGUUUAUGACCCAUGUUUAAAAUUAUUAGACAGAUUUGGCCCCAAAUUAUGUUGACUGUUAAAACUAACGGUCAAACAUUUAUUCCGUAAGUUACUCAGCAUUCAGUUCUGAGGUGGCACCGACAUGACUGCCACAUCAUUUACCCUUAAUUUAUUUAUGUUAAAGUUAAAAUAAAAACAUUAAAAUAAAAAGCAAGUAAAUUAAUUGGGCCCAAUUAAUCCCCCACCCAAUUCCCAUCCCUACAAGCGGCCACACCCAUCCCUACGACCAGCUCCGCUUUCCACCCGUUGCCCGCCGUUUCCUUGUGAACGAUGUUGACCAGCGCUGAGUUCACUUAAUUCGACGCCGACAGGCACAAAAAGAAGAACGAUCCGGCCAAGGUUCUCAUGUUCUCCGGCAUCUUGGUGGUGAAGAACGCCACCGCGGCGGCAGCGAACGCCUCUGUGAUCCCCAGCAGCAAGAAUUGCGACAUCAAGAUCGUGAAGCUCUAGAGGGAAACAAAUUCCCUAAUUCCCACCGCCGAAUCCCUCCUCUUCCUCUUCACAUUCGCCGCCACCACCAUCGCUGCGAUCGACAUCACGAUCCCGACCUGGAUCCGCUUUGCGAUAAUUAGUCUAAGGGGCUCUCCUGUUACUCGCUUUGCUAGAUGCAUCAACAUCUUCUCGUAGGUCAGGAUCCAUGAAUUUUGCAUGGCUUGGAGUCGGGAUUUGUUUUUCUCGGAAAGGCAGGGAAUCGACGAGGGCUGGGGCAGUGGUGAGGCAAUUGAUGACGACAGAGAGGGUGGAUCUGGAAGAAGGGGAAUUUGGGGUUUUGGGUUUUUUGGGCUUUCAGCAGAGAGGGAUUCGCUCGCGGAGGAGACCAAACGGAGAGGGCAUACCAAGCGGCGACCGAAGAGAGAUAUCGAGGCAGCUGCCGGAAGGGAGAAGAGGGAUUUCUUUAAUUUGUUAAUAUUUAAUUUAAUAUUAUUUGAACUACAAAUUAAAAUAAUAUUAUUUAAUGAUGUGGCAUGCCACAUCAGCUGGUUUUUGCUAAGUCAAUAACGGAAUAGUGUUUGACUGUUAAUAUUAACAGUCAACACAAAUUCGAGGUCAAAUCUAUCCAAUAAUUUCAAAAGUAGGCUAUAACUGUCUUUAUUUGGAAAAUUGAGACAAAACUGUCACUUACACUAUGGGCCGUUUACUUGUCAUUCCAUUUCUAUUAGCUGCCACAACAGAAAACAAAAUUAAAAUGAAAACGAAGCUGUCAUUUCCUGGAAAACAAAACCUGAAAAAAUCUUGUUUAGCUGAGAAUUUUGGUAAGUUCUGAAACUGAGUUCUGAAAUGAAAACCUGUUUAGUUG